CCUGACAUCAGGCUGCUCGUCACACUGCGCGCGCUUUGCCAAGAACAUCGCCUACUUUACUUCAGGGAGGCUGAAGAGAGAGAGAGAGAGAGAGAGAGAGAGAGAAGGGGAGUGAGGAGAGACAGUAAUUUUUUCCUCUGGUCCUGAGGGGUCUCCUUCUCUAUAUAAGGCUCUGUGAGCUGCUCAGGAAUCACACAGCUCCUGUGUGCUUCAGGAUCACCGCCAACAAGCAGCAGCAGCAGCAGCAGCAGCAGCAGGGUCCUCUCCUCUCCUCUCAUCUCCUCUCCUCUCCUCUCACAAGGGAAUAAUACAGAUCUCCAGCCUGCAGAGGAAACUGAUCCCAAAUAUUCAACAGGAUACUGAAGUGAGAAAGAUAAAGGUUGUGUCUGGGACUUCGCACACGAUCCGCCCUCUACUGCAGUCUGAGAGUUCAACCCAGACAGCCAGAAAAAGUGUCAGAAUGACCGGCGCUGCCAUGACCUGGCUCCCCGUCCUCUUCCUCUUGCUGUUGUGCGUCAGGGACUCAGCUUCCCUCUUCCUGCCCGACUCCAACGAGCUCAGACAGCUGCUGAGCCGCUACGAGGAGGAAGCGGACCAGAACGGCAACGGCAACACAUCUGGCAAUAGGACCCGACGGGCCAUCCGCUGGUCGGACCGCGAGGAGAUCCUCCAGCUGCACAACAAGCUGAGGGGCGCCGUCUACCCCACUGCCUCGAACAUGGAGUACAUGGUUUGGGAUGAUGAAUUGGAGCGGUCUGCAACUCAUUGGGCAGAGCAGUGUCAGUGGGACCACGGACCUCAGGACCUGCUCAUGUCUAUCGGACAAAACCUGGCUGUUCACUGGGGAAGAUACCGCUCUCCUGCCUACCAUGUCCAGGCCUGGUACGAUGAGGUGAAAGACUACACCUAUCCUUACCCCCAGGAGUGCAAUCCCUGGUGUCCAGACCGCUGCUCCGGGCCCAUGUGCACCCAUUACACCCAGCUGGUCUGGGCAACCACUAGCCGAGUGGGCUGCGCUGUGCACGUGUGUUCGGUGAUGAACGUGUGGGGAGAAACAUGGGAGAACGCCGUUUACCUUGUGUGCAACUAUUCCCCAAAGGGCAACUGGAUUGGCGAUGCUCCGUACCAGAACGGCCGCCCUUGUUCCCAGUGCCCUCCCAUUUAUGGAGGAGGAUGUAGGAAUAACCUGUGCUACAAAGACUCUCAGCGGUCAGAGACGGAGGACAUGAAUGAGGUGGAGAAGCCUCAGGUUCCAGUGCCACCUCGCACCACCGUCAAACCUGCCCCCAAACCUAAACCCUCUCCUCCAAAGAAACCAGCCCCAAAGCCCACCACACCCAGGACACCGUCUUCAGAUACUCCUAGCAACACCUUUCUCGCUCAAAACAUUAAGUGUGAGACUAGACUGCGAGAUAAGUGUAGAGGAGGAACCUGCAACAGAUAUAAUUGUCCUGCUAAUUGUCUGAAUAAGAAAGGGAAAGUUUGGGGAACUCUCUUUUACGAUGUGCAAUCAAGUAUUUGCCGUGCUGCUAUCCAUUUUGGUGUCAUUGACAACAACGGAGGAGUGAUCGACGUCACAAGGAUGGACAAGUUUCCAUUCUUUGUCAGAGCCACUAAAAACGGCAUUGAGUCCUCCAGUAAAUAUAAACCGGGCAACGCCUUUGUGGUGGCCAAAGUGGAAGAAAUGACUGCUGACUGCUACACCACAGUGGAUGAAGUCUGCCCUUUCAAAAAGCCCUACUCAAACUGUCCAAGAAUGUUCUGUCCGGCCAACUGCAAGACUCAGCCUUCCUAUUGGUCACCUGUGAUUGGAAACAACAUCUACACAGAUGGCUCCAGUAUUUGUAAAGCAGCCAUCCAUGCCGGGGCACUCAGAGCAGACGGUGGGUUGGUGGAUGUUCUGCCACUGGACAAGAGAAAGAGCUACGCUGGAGUCCUGAAAAAUGGCAUCCAGUCUGAGAGCAAGAGCAACACAGAGGGAGGCUCUUUCCGGGUCUUUGCUGUGAGGGAGUGAGACGUCAGAUCAGAAGUCCAGAGACCAGCAGAGUCACCUCAGCUUCUCUUGAAGAGCAGGAAGUGCCCACAGGUUGGAUACCACGGCUGUUCAUCUGUCUCUGUGCCUUCGGUGGAAACAGCGUCCCAGCAGAUUGACACGUUUCCCUCUUUGUUCAUAAACAAUAGCCACCCAGUAAAAGUUGUCGUCCAAUAUUUUGAUGGACCUUUAUUUUUCCUCAACUUUUAACUCCAGAUAUAGAUAUUUCUACGUACUUAAUCUGUGAAUACAGAAUGUGUUUAUAUAUUAUGAUGCAUUGAACAGCUGGUGCUGCAAGUUUUGAGUUAGACAAGAAAGUAUUAUGUUUACAUUGAUGCUCUUAUUACAAAUUCAAAUUGGUUUUGGAAUGUAUACGGAUCACACUGUAUUAAUUCAUUGUGUACAGAAUAUAUGAUAUUUUGUUUGUUUUAAAAAUGGAGUACCAUAUAUUAACAUUUUUAUGUCUAUUCUGAUUUUAUAUUUUAUAUUUGAUUGCCUUUUUCUGCUCACCUGGAUAAUCUUUGCUUGUUGCUCUUGAGGAUUUAGCCUGUGAAAAAGUCUAAAUUGUAUUUAUAAGUUAAGUGGCGUGCUCAUUGGGAGUGAGGAUGUUUUGUUGGUUUGGUAGACCAGGACUCUGAUGCAAAAGGAGAGGAAACAGUGUGGUAAAAGGAAGUGUAUGCGGGCAGCAGGCACUGCUGUACAUAGAUUAUGUUUCCCUGGUGUCACGUUUAGUGCCAGACAUGUGGAGGUGGUUUAGUGAAGGUGUUACAUUGCUAAGUUCACUGUGUGUAGUAUAGGAUAGCUGGUGCAGAUGGCUCCUCUGAAUGAUGUAUUAAAUAACAAUCACAGACAGUAGUGAUGUUAAAGAUAACAAGCAGUCAUUUUUUAUUUAUUAUUGCUUAGCUUUCCUCAUUUCCUCAUCUCUCUUGUUUCUGUAAGAUUUAUAAAAAUGCUAAAUUUGCCCUCCCCCCCACAUUAAGACAGAUGAAUGUGUCAUAUGUUUCAGGUAUGGACACUUUUAUGUGUCGGGACUAGACCAAAUCUUGAGUUGUCUGAAUAUGUUAAAUACAAUUUACACUAUUCAGUGUGGGCAGGAUACGAACCCCUGUAAUGUAUAUCACUAUACUGGAUCGAGGCACUGUUGCCAUUGGUAACGGCCUGAUUUGAAUACUUUUCUUAAACCAAUGCCUCAUUUUAUUGAAUUUCAGCUUUUUCUUGACUUAAGCCUCUUAAAUACGCAGAAAA